CCUGGGGGGUCCUGCGAGGCUGCGGCGGCGCUGUCGGCGGGAAAUGGCCACCCUGUGGAUGGGAGACCUGGAACAGUACAUGGAUGAAUCUUUUAUUAAGCAAGCGUUCUCUGCCAUGGGUGAGCCAACAGUAAACGUGAAAAUCAUAAGUAAUCGAAUGACCGGGACGUUAGCGGGCUAUUGCUUCGUGGAAUUGGCUGACCAGACCAGCGCUGAUCGCUGUCUACACAAACUGAACGGAAAGUCCCUGCCUGGCUCCAACCCGCCCAAGAAAUUCAAGUUAAACUAUGCAACCUACGGCAAAAAAACAGAUGCAGGCCAAGAAUACUCCAUAUUUGUGGGCGACCUCUCCUCAGAAGUCGAUGACUUCCAUCUGUACGACUACUUUGUGAAAAAAUAUCCGUCGUGUAGAGGUGGGAAAGUAGUCACAGACACGUCCGGGAACUCAAGAGGCUUUGGAUUCGUCCGUUUUUCCGAUGAAGCCGAGCAGAAGAAGGCGCUGGAGGAAUGCCAGAACAGCAAAGGGCUGGGAGGGAAACCCAUCCGAAUCAGCAUAGCCGUGCCCAAAAGUGCAAAAACGAAGUCUGAGUACCAGCCGACUGCCAGCUACAACUACACACAGUACUACCAGCAGUACCAGCAGUAUUACUCCCAGUGGGGCUAUGAUCCGUAUGCAACCUAUGGGUAUGGAUACCCACAGUAUGGUACCACCGAGACCUCGACAGCAACCUCCUCUCUGAUGACCCCCGGCAUGUCACAACUAUCUGAGUUUCAGCAAAACCCCGCACUGACUGAGGAAACUGAAGAGGAGUGUGUAGAAGAUCCAGACCCAAAGUUGGAUAUUGAUGAAGUGAACAAACAGUUCAUGGAACAAAGCGAGGAGCUAUACGAGUCCUUGAUGAAUUGUCACUGGCAACCCUUGGAUUCCAUCACAUCCGAGAUCCCUACUGCAGUAUAAUUAAACUCCUCUUGUAACAUAGUUCCUGAAAAUAUCUGAGAAAAUUACGGCUGAUGGCAAUUAUUUGAGUCUUAUCUUCUGGAAAAAUUUUGCAUUGCCUACAUUCUGUAUAUUAAUUUUAUUUUUUUUCCUGUAUUGCAAAUUUAAAUCUGUGCUGUGAAUUAUUUUCCAUUUUUGUAUAGUUCUCAUUGCCUUGGAUAAAUAAACCCUUAUUUCCUGCC